CGAAGCAAGUGAAGUGUAUAAAGAGGCGUGCUGCGCAGCUACAGAACGGCCUUUCUCCAGUAUCGACAGCAACGGGAGACUUCGUGCAUACUUCGCCUCUCGCAACAUCAUUCAAUAUAUCUCUGUUCGACCUUAUCCAUCAUGGCCCCCAGACUCUUCAAGGGAAUGGCCCUCGCAGGCCUCGUCUCCGCCGUCGCGGCUUGCUCGACCGAAUCAGACGUGACGGUCACCUUCUAUGGCUAUCCUGACAAUGAUCCCCCAAGUGCGGACAUUGCUUAUGACUGUGGCCGUGGAUACACUGCUGGUGGUACCGGUACCUACAGCGACCCCUUGACCUUCGCUUCCGCGUCUGGCGAGUUUGAGCAGUGUGAGAUCAUCUAUCUUCCCUACCUGAAGAAGUACCUUCGGUACGAGGACGAAUGCGCCCAGUGUACUACGGACUACAAGUCCGGCAAGUUGCACAUCGACAUCUGGACUGGCUCCAACUCCGACGGAGGCGACACCCAGAUCGACUGCGAGGACAACUUGACUCCCGACUCCCAGUCGAUCGUCCUCAGCCCGGCGAGCUCGUACACCGUCGACUCUACCGCGCUUUUCGCCAAUGGCAAAUGCUACACCUCCAACACCUACAGUGGUGCUGAGGCGUCGACCUACUGCUCUUCUUCGGGAUCCGGCAGCAGCUCCAGCUCCGGCUCGUCGUCCUCUUCGUGCUCUUGGUCGGGUCACUGCGCCGGUGCCACCUGCUCCACGGAGAAUGAUUGCUCGGAUGAUCUCACCUGCCAGAACGGCAAGUGUGCGUAACUCGAGUCUGCUUUCGAGUUCUACUGUAACAUCAGUGCGUUGUGCAGCGGCUAAAUUUGAGAUUCAGAGAGAGUUUGGACGGUGAACGAACUGAGGGCGUGGCACAUGUAUCAAUAGACGCAUAAGCUUAUUUGUCGAAUUGAUUGGUCUAUCAUAUUGAGAAGCUCCAUCUCAAUGUACGGGUAGCAU